UGAACUAUUUCAUUGAAUACCAUAUAUUUGCCUGCUUACUGGUUUAAGUAACGUGAUAGUAAUUCGUUGAUUUGCUUGUUGCACUCCAGAAAACACCCUCUCCCUUUGUGAUGUCUGAAAGUAGUAGAAAACAUGGAGCCAGAAUAAAUGAAGUCCAUGUCUCAGGACCAACAGGGUUCUCCUCUGCGACCCUGAAGCGGCUCCAUGUAGACCAGAGUGAAAACUGCUCAGAAGAGGAAGAUGAAGAGGAACCAAAAGACAAAGGGUCCAAACUGAGACCCAGAAAACUCUUUAAAUUAGACGCUUCAGCCCACUGCACUGAAAUUGAGACAACUUCAACCAUUAUAAGGAAGGAAGUGUAUCAGGAGGAUUGUGCUGACAGCUAUGAUGAGGAGGAAGAAGAAUGGAGUGAUAGAGAAGUGACGCAUAGACCCAAAAAACUCUUACAGAUGGAUGGUAAUGACAAGACAACUGACAGAGACCAAGAAGUACAGUCCACUGCCUCCUCUCACACGGUGUCUACUGUGGACAUGAGCUCCUGGGAGACCAGUGGACACCAAGACAUGGGGAUGAUGUGUCAGAAAUUUAAUACUGAUUUAAAGAGGAAAUUCCAGGCUCGCUCCAGGAAGAUGGAGUAUUACAUCAAGCAGUCACUGCAGUCCGUGCAGCAGCACCUCUCCUCUGUGAGCGUGCAGGUUCGGGAGUGCAGGGUGCAGAAACUGGAGAGCUUCAUGGGUGAGAUCAUGGAUCAGCUAAACGACUUUGAAAAGGACACUAAGACCUUGAAAAACAUGGAAAAAGAACUCACUAACUUUUGGAAAAAGCAGACUCAAGAAUUGGCUUCUUAUCAGGAGAAAGAACAAAGGAGAAUUCAUCACCUCAAGACUUCCUUUGAAAAGAGUGUAUGUCACAUUCUUGAGUAUGAGGGGAGAAUCUUCACAUCUGAGAUGCAUUUGAUGAGGAAGGACAUGAAUACAGUUCAGGAGAGGUUUCUCAAGGAAAUGCAAGAAGAGGAGCUCCUUGGUGUUCGCAGAGGACUGCAAUCGCUGUUUUUGCCAGAAGGCAGGAAAUUCUAAGUUGAGUGCUGGCUCUACAUUUUAUGAACAGCAGACGUAUAUAGUUGUUUCUUUCUCUUCUUCGAGUUUUAGUUUUUGUGUUCUACAUUUACACAAAAGAGGAGACCCAGCUGUCAAGAAGUUGUUUUGUGUCUUUGGUCACUCAUUUCUUACAUUUUGCAUUAAGACAACAACAGAGCAUUUUUCGAAUACCAUGAAUCUUCUCAUACACAUUGUAAAUCGUUCCACAAUGACAGACCAUUUUAAUGCAAAAUUACUAAUAUUACCAGUAGAAGGAUGUUCUAAUAACUGCACUAAAAACAUAAAUAAAGCUA